AUGACAGAGCUUCACAAGACUCUUGAGGCUCAAAAACUUUCUUCUGACGAGAGAGAGAAGCAGAGUGAAAUACAGGGCCUUCUUUGUGGUUGCUUACAAGUCCUUAUUCAGAAAUUAGGGGCAUCAGAACCCACCAAGUAUGCCUUCAUGCAGUAUGCAGAUCAGAUUAUGAAUCUUUUUCUCAGGGUUUUUGAUUGCCCAAACUUUGUGAAGUACAUGCAAGCUUUUUACAAGUACUUGGAGAUGGGUCUUCAGAAUUUCGAGGAGUACCAAGUUUGUGCUGUUACUGUUGGUGUUGUGGGGGAUAUAUGUCGGGCAUUAGAAGAUAAGAUUCUGCCUUACUGUGAUAAGAUAAUGACACAGCUUCUUAAAGACUUGUCAAGCAAUCAGUUGCACCGAUCUGUGAAGCCCCCAAUCUUUUCGUGCUUUGGUGAUAUAGCACUGACAGUUGGAGAAAAUUUUGAUCAGUACUUGAUGUUUGCCAUGCCUAUGCUCCCGAGUGCAGCAGAGUUGUCUGCCCACACAUCAGGAGCUGACAAUGAGAUGAUAGAAUAUACUAAUCUUCUGAGGAAUGGAAUUUUGGAGGCUUAUUCUGGUAUAUUUCAGGGCUUCAAGAAUUCAACCAAAACUCAGCUUCUGAUCCCACAUGCACCACACGUUCUGCAAUUUCUGGAUAGCAUUUACAUGGAGAAAGAUAUGGAUGAUGUCGUAAUGAAAACUGCUAUUGGUGUCCUGGGCGACUUAGCAGAUACUCUGGGAAGUAAUGCAGGUUGGCCAUUGGUCGUGCCAUUUCUGUUUGAGGCUGUGUCCGCUCGGUACAUAUUAUUUUAUCUGCAUGCAUAUGGUCGUGUCAAGUUGGGGUCUGGGAUUGCAUUCAACAUGUCAGGGUUGUUCCAUUCAAGGGAGUCGGUGAUGGUGGCUUCUCGUAACUUUCUGAAAGAACGGAGAAGUGAAAGUGUCGAGUCAGGAGUGAAAGGCGGUGGUCAAGUAUUAGAGGCCGGUGAAAAGAAAGCUGGAUCAUCACCCAAUGAAUCCUUCUCUUCUCAUACUUCAGUCAUAACUUUAGCAGCUCCAGAUGAAUUGAAGGGAAACGAAACAGGGGGGUUACAUGAACUAUCUUCGGGAAACACAGUUUUGAAAGAGCUGGACACUCAAGAAACAAAUAUUGCCUUGGAUGGUGGGGACAGUAGUACAAGGAAAACAUGUUUGUUGGAUACUGAUUCUAGUUCACAUAUGAGAGAGACUCUAGCUGAACCUAUGACUGAAGCUGCCGAGGGGGACCCGUCUUGUUCCAGUUGUCCCUUGAAGAAGUACCCGGCUAGCGGAGGGAUGACUUCAAAUUCUAUGGGCUCCAACACAUUGGAAUCAGCUAUAUUGGACUUGGAGGAACUUGUGAACAAAGUUAAAUGGCUCAAGUCAAUUUUAAAUAACGGGAUUCCUUCGUCAGAUGCUGCAAGGCCUCAAUGGAAAGUUAUGGAACACGUUGCUUCCUCAUCCAUGCCAAAUUAA